AUUCACACACAAAGUCAGAGUCAAUGCAGAGUUAGCGUCGUCGUACGUACAUCGUCAUACAGUCGGUUUUAGUUUUUGGAUCAGUGUUGUGUGUCGCCGCGUACACGGUUAAUUGUUGUUUCGAAGAGCAUGCAUUCGUUCGCUUAUUUACUCAAAUGUUAAACAAAAAUAUCACUGUGAUUAAUGCUGUUGUUAUGUAUAUAUAUGUAUAUACAUAAAUGUAUAUGCAAGUGAGUAAGAUGGUGAACGAUGAUGAUGCCGUUGUUUGUAUAUUUUUGCGUAACGUGUAACGUGAGAAAUAUAAUGUUAUAGUGAAGCGAAUCUGCCGCAUAUGAUAUACGCGAUUAGAACGACAACGGCAUUGCAACAUAAUGCAGAAGACUCUUUACCGCAACAAAAUGUUCAUUCAAUGUUAGACAAACAGCAGCCGUAAAAACAACAUUUAAAGGGAAACAAGCGUACAGUAGUAAUACCAGCAGCAGCAGCAGCAGCGGCAGUAGCAGCAACAGCAACAGCACCAGCAGCAGCAGUCUCUCACGCAACAAUCAUUUUAAUGCCAUUCUUUAUGCUCGCUCUACAAUAUGGAUUCGAAUAAUUUGCAAUUAUGUCGGAUUUGCAUCUCAUCGAAUAGCAAUUGUACACAAAUGAUUUCAAUAUUUGGCGAAGAUUUGCUAUGGAAGAAAAUCACAACGCUGGCCGAUGUUAAGAUUGAACGCGGUGAUACUUUACCCCAACAUGUCUGUAUAACCUGCGCUAAGAAUACGAUAUCCGCUUGUCUUUUUAAAAAAAAAUGUGAAGAUGCGGAUAAUUUUUUCCGUCAGCAAUUGUUGAUACAAAAAAUUGAAAGUAAAUCGGAGACGAAAAGCUGUAAUGCCAUUGCAUUAUCUGAGGCUGAUGACGAAGAAGAAGAGAUACAACGUAGCUCGGGAAAUGUUCAGAAUCGUCAACAAAAAAUCAAAAACGAUGAACAUAAAGAGAACUGUAACGUUCACGAGAGUCUAGAGAAGGGUACAAAUAAAUAUCGAUUGAAGCAAGUGAAUGGACGGCAUGAUAAUGCUGAAGCUGGGGAAGAGGAAGACGAGGAUAGCGAUGAAGAUGAGAUGUCAGCUAAUAGAAUGGUAACGCAUCAUGACGAAGAAGAUGAUGAGGCUGAAGUCGAUGAAAAUGGAGAGAUAAAAAGUGCCAAUGGUCAAAAGCUAUCGUUUGAUUUUAACUCAAUUAGGUUAAUGCAUGAGUAUAUGCAGCAGCAAUUAAGUAAAAUUAACGGUAUUCAUGGCGGCCGUGUGGCUGGUGGUAACGAUGGCGUCGGCUUAGGCAGUGCCAGUGAUACAGACCAGGAUGAUGAAGAGCCCUUGCCGCUUAUACCGGAAAUUGAAUUAAUUACACCGUCUGAGGAUGCAGGCGCUGGCGUCUGCUCGUCGAAUGGUGCUACGACGAACGCGAGCAACUCUCAAGUUGUUGCUCAAAUGAAAGGUUAUCAGUGUCCACAUUGCUAUCAAAUUUUCGAAAUGAAACAAGUUUUGAAGGCACACAUGCAGAGUGUGCACGGGUUAGCCGGUCCAGUUUAUGAAUGUUCGAAUUGCAAAAAGACUUACUUCUAUAAGCGUUUUCUUGAGAAACAUAUCAGGCGAGGACGUUGCGUAAAAAAAAGACGUAAUCAAACGAGACCUAUGCAAUGCUCUGACUGUCAUGUAUUGUUCCCCACGGGCCAUCAUUUGGGUUGGCAUAAACGUACUGGAUGUCCCUCAAAAACGGCUAAAAUGCCGUUACAGCAGUUUUUUAAGCAGAACAUUGUGCAAUAUAAUAAUUUCCCAAAAAGAAUUGGUAUACGUAAGCCGGAAAACGCUAUUUAUUUACAUAAUCGCAAAUUAAUUAUGGCGAACAAUAAACGAAAGGGUCGUACUCGUAUUAAAUUGGAUGCGAAAAAAAUCGCUUUGGCAAAACAAUUGAUAUUGCGAGAGGCCACAACUACUGUUAUCGCCAAUGAAUUGAACAUAUCGCGCACGUUCGCUUGGCGUUUACGAAAGAGUCUCGUGAAUGGCGUUAGUUUACAUGAAAGAGUAAUUGAUCCGGUCGAUGAUGAUAUUGAAGAUGCCGUUGCUGAUGCACCAGAAUCCCCUAAACUUACACCGGCGACGUUACCUGCCACAGCAGAAAAUCAACCGCAAUUUAAUCAUCAGCCCUUAACCGAACAUAUAAAAACUGAGACUUUAGCUAGCGAAGAGGAAGAUUCGUUAGACGAAAUCAAAGAAUUUCAAGAUGAGUUUCACGAAGAACCACCAACAUCGAUACCACAAGGUAUUGCAACCUCUGUUAUACAGAGAAAUGAACAAGCAGUACAAAUGCAUGAAUUAUUACAAUCGUCUACUAAAGCUAUAGAAAAAAUGCAACAACAACAACAACAGCAGCAAUUAAGGCUAAGAGACGUUGCUGAAAUGAGUAGAUUGUCACAUCACGAUAACGAAAGUGAUAGUGAUAGCGAGGAAAAUCAUCCCAACGAAGAGACUGAUGAUGAUAAGCCGCUUCUUGAUAAAUUAAAUGAUCAGCCAGAUCAGCAGCAGCAACAUCAACCAUAUUUAAGUAUAACUAAUGUAGCCAGUCAAAGUGUAACCAGAGGUAACGACAUGCAAAACAAUGUCCUGAUGAAUGGAACAGUACCGAUAUUAACUCAGUUCCCUCCUGCCGUCGCUGCUGCAAUAAAUCAAUUACCCGUUAAUUUAUCGAUACGUCCGAUUGCUACGUUGCAAAAUAAUGAAACAUCAACGAAUUCUCUUCCUACGACUAAAAAGAAACCGCGUAAACCUAACGUUUUCAUCGAUGAUGAGAAAUACGCUAUGGCGAAAGUGUUGGUGGCGCAGAACGCUUCAACUAUGGAAAUAGCGAAGGCGUUGAAUGUGUCGCAGAUGACCGCCUGGAAACUGAGAGAUGCCAUAAUUAAAGGCGUGCCGCUAUCCUAUCGCAAUAAACGUGAUAUACGGCAUCAAACGCGUCAAGACGAUGAGACAUGCAGCGUUCAAAGUGACGGCAACGAGAAUAAACGUGAUUUAGGUGAACCAGAUAGCGAGCGACAGCAGCGCCUAUUGGUGCAACAGCAGUUAGAACAUCAACAAAAAUUGCAACAACAGCAUUUACAGCAACAGCAACAAAUUCAGCAAUUAUUGCAAAGGCAGCAACAAUUGCAACAACAACAGCAACAAUUGCAACAACAAAAACAACGUCAACACGAGCAACAAUUGCAACAACAACAACAGCAGCAGCAGCAGCAGCCGCAGCCGCAACAACAACAGCAACAACAACAACAACAACAAUCGCAGCAACAACAGCAACAAGAGCAAACACAAACGAGCACGCAAAAACCGCCUUCGAAUCCUCGUCGACGUUUAAAAGCAGCAGAAAGAGAAAUGCGCGAUAAAGAGAUUACUCGAGAAAUACUUGAAUUAAUCAAAGAAGACAAUAACAUACAAUAUUGGAAAGUCUCAGCACGUUUGGCUGAGAAGGGUUACGCCAUCUCACCGUCUUCGGUUUGUCAAAAACUGAAAUCAAUGGGCAUACAUAGGCGCUGGAAGCCUGGAGAUAAACCGCCCAUGAUCGAUAUGGAACAAUUGAAGGCCACCAAUAGCAUAGUAGCAGUCGCGGCAGCGGCGGCAGCAGCCAAUGCGAUACAAAAUGCUAAUAAUUCAUCAACCGAUGAAAAUUAUGAACAACAUCAAUUUGAUAUGGGUGGCACUCAUUUUUUAAGUGCCUUUACGCGUUAGUUGCGGCUAUGAAAAGGAAUAGGAACUAUAUAGGGAGGGAAGAGAGAAUGAAGCAGAGCAAGUAGUUAAGUAAAAAAUGAAUAAAUAAAUAAAACUAAAAAAUUAAAUACAAAUGAAUAUAUUGUUGUAAGUAAGUAUAGUUUUGAUAGAAUUUAAUUUAUGCUAAAAUAAGCCCAACGCACACACACACACACACACAUAUAUAUAUACAAA